CGCGGGGCAGCCCGGAUCGGGCCGGGGCACAGCGGCAGCGGCGGCGGCCUCGAGGAGGUGAAAGAGGAGCUCUUGGAGAGCGCCCUGAAGCCGGAGGCUGUUCCCAUGCCAGCUCCCACCCUGCAGCCUGCUCAGCCCCGGGAGUAACCUGAACUGGGAGCCUGCUGUUACUUUAAAUACGAGCUCUCACUCGUGCUGGGAGGUGAGAAACCCUCCUGGAAGGGGCCAGCGGUGGAAGUCGCAGCGUGUUGGCAGAGAGCACAAAACACCCCCCAGAGCCUUCAGACUCCAGUUCUGCAGUGCCGCUGGAGCAGGUACCAAAGCCCUGGCAGCAAGAAGAGCUCUUCUCAAUUGUAUCAUCUCAGAAACCCAGCCCCUCGUAUCUGCCCUCUGCUUCCUCAUCCCUCUGAGUUUAUCCAGUGGCCUUUACUUCAUCUGUUUUUCUCUCUGCCUUGCAUGCCCCAUCACAGCAAUUGUGCUGCUGGAAGAGGAAUCUGGAGAAAGAUGCACUAAAGUGUCAUACACCAAGGCAGAAGAGCUUGGAUCCCGUCUCAGUGGCUGCUGCACCACACAGUGCUGGGGAGGAGGAGAAUCGGAGUGAAUCUGCUGUAAUUCCCAGUUCCUGCAGUGUUCCCUCCGUGUGCUUGGUGCCCUCCAUCCCUGGACGUUGCUUGAUGGGGAUCUCUGCUGCAGGAGCAGUCUCUGCACUCCAAGGCAGGCAAGCAGGGAUAGGGGAGGUCGCCUCUAGAUGCCGGGAAGGCCGUUCGUGUAAGCUCCUGGCAGAAGAUCUCCUCUGGAAUAGCUGCUGGCUGUAGGCCCACCAAGCCAAGGGUCAGGAUAGCCUCUCUGCAGCAUGUCUUCCAAGCCAGAGCAGAAGGACACCCACCAGGCCAACGGGGCUGUGCUGCCCAUCGUGCCUGUGGACUGCAUCACCAGUCCGGAGCGAGGGCAGCUGGUGGAGCCCUCGGAUUUCCUGGGACCCGAUGGAGCUGGGGUGGAAGUGGUGGUGCUGGAGUCCCGUGCCAAUGCUAAAGGGGUGCGGGAGGAAGAUGCCCUGCUGGAAAACGGCAGUCAGAGCAAUGAAAGUGAUGACACCAGCACGGACCGAGGCCCUGAGCCAGCCUCUCCCCUCAAGGAGACCUCCUUUUCCAUCGGGCUGCAAGUCCUCUUUCCCUUCCUCCUGGCAGGCUUUGGGACAGUUGCUGCUGGAAUGGUGCUGGACAUUGUGCAGCACUGGGAUGUCUUCAAAUACGUGACUGAGGUCUUUAUCUUAGUACCUGCACUGCUGGGCCUGAAGGGGAACCUGGAGAUGACUCUGGCAUCUCGCCUGUCCACAGCUGCUAAUAUUGGCCAAAUGGAUACACCCAAAGAGCUCUGGAAGAUGAUAACAGGGAACAUGGCUCUGAUUCAGGUUCAGGCCACUGUGGUUGGCUUCCUGGCCUCCAUCGCAGCCGUGGUGUUCGGAUGGAUCCCAGAUGGGCACUUCAGCAUUGACCAUGCUGUCCUGCUGUGUGCCAGCAGUGUGGCUACUGCUUUCAUUGCUUCCCUUGUGCUGGGUAUGAUUAUGAUUGGGGUCAUCAUUGGAUCCAGGAAGAUGGGAAUCAAUCCCGAUAACGUCGCCACACCAAUUGCUGCCAGCCUGGGGGAUCUCAUCACCCUGGCUCUGCUUUCAGGGAUCAGCUGGGGCUUGUACAAGGAGCUGGAGAGCAAAGCCUACGUGAAUCCUUUGGUAUGCGCCUUCUUCAUCGCCCUGCUGCCCAUCUGGGUCAUCAUUGCCAAGAAGAAUGCAGCCACCCGGGAGGUGCUGUACUCUGGCUGGGAGCCUGUCAUCAUUGCCAUGGCCAUCAGCAGCGUUGGGGGUUUAAUCCUGGACAGAACAGUCUCGGAUCCGAACUUUGCUGGCAUGGCUGUCUUCACUCCCGUCAUCAAUGGUGUGGGUGGUAACCUGGUGGCAGUGCAGGCGAGCCGCAUCUCCACGUACCUGCACAUGAGUGGGAUGCCUGGAGAGAGCCCGGACACAGCCCCUCGCAGGUGCCCCAGCCCCUGCACCACCUUCUUCAGCUCAGAUGUGAAUUCUCGCUCUGCUCGUGUGCUCUUUCUCCUUGUGGUGCCUGGACACUUGGUUUUCCUUUACACCAUCAGCUCCAUGCAAGGAGGACACACAACACUUACCCUCAUCUUCAUUGUCUUCUACAUGACAGCAGCACUUCUCCAGGUGCUUAUUCUCCUUUACAUUGCUGACUGGAUGGUGCACUGGAUGUGGGGCAGGGACCUCGAUCCUGACAACUUCUCCAUCCCAUACUUGACCGCGCUGGGGGACCUCAUUGGAACAGGGCUCCUUGCUCUCAGCUUUCACGUCCUCUGGCUCAUUGGUGACCGGGACUCUGAUGUGGGAGACUGAUUCCCCUUCUCCCAGCUCUCCUCCUCCUCCCCUUCUGUUGUUCUUUUUCCUUCCCCCCUUGCUCUUUGCUUCCUCCCCCCAAGCCUCGUCUCUCUCGAGACUUCCUCUUUGAUACUGGAUUCUCAUUAUUUUCAAUGGGAAUUUUAUGUGGUUUCUAUUUCAAGCCAAGUUUGUACAGAAAAUAAAUCUAGUUUUAGGAAGGCCGAGACCCCCGGGCGUACGAGACAA